GGCGCCUGCAGCCAACGCAGCUCCCCCGACGGGGGCCUGGCUGAGCCCCCCAAAACCCAGGGGGGGGCACAGCCCGCCCCCCCCCACCCCGAGGGGCCCCCCGAGACGCGGGGACGCCUGGGACCCCCUGAUGAGAACAAGCCAUGCGCCCCCCCCGGACCCCAUCGGCACCGAGCGCUCGCAGCGCGCCGAGAAGGCCCGGCCCCCCCUGGAGGUUCCGGGGUUCCCGGGGGUGGCCCCACCCCCCCAAAAAACAGGAGUGUCAGAGGCCUGGGGGGGGCCCUCAAAACCGGGGGGGGGCCAAAGUGAGAAGGAGGUGCUGCCGCCCCCCCCCCAGCGCCGAGGGGGUCCCCACUCCCCCUGGGGAGCCCCCCCAGCCCCACGGCAGUGGCUUCCGCCCAGGGACCCCCAUGACCCCCUACAGGCCGCUGCUGGUGGGGGCGCCGCUGCCCCCUCUGCCCCUCAAGGGCCCCUUCCUGGAGUUCUCGGCCGUGGGGGGCCCCGAGAUGGCCAAACUGGGGGGGACGCAGGGGGGGCUCCUCUACCCGCCCGCCCCCCCCUUCCUCUACAGCCCCUUCUGCCCCGACGCCCCUCUGCUCCAGGUGCGACAGGAGCUGACACCGCCCUCGGAGUUCUACGGGCAGGGGCAGAGCAGCUUCCAGCAGAUGCUGCUGCCGGUGGUGGAACCCGCGGUGCCGCCCGUCGUUAACUUCGGGGCGCCCCCGGGCGCGGCUGCCCCCCCCUCCGCUGCCGCUGCUGCCGCUCGGGCGCCUCCUCGGCCCCCCCGCGCGCCCCUUCGCCCCCCCCGGGCCCCGCCCUGAGGCGCGGGGGGGCCGCGCUCGAGCCCCGGAGCCACCGC